UUCAGUGUUGGUUUAGUGCGCAUGCGCAAUCUCUGUGAGAGAAACAACUCCAGUGCGACAUGACUCGGUUCACUUACAGCAAACUAUCUCAUUUUCUGAAGACCUACAGCAGCAGACCUCCGUCUUUCAGAACAGCAGCUGAGGUCAAAGCUGGGACUUGUUGCUGCAUGCAGCUGAAACGGUUUCAGUCAUCCGACAGCAGAGCGCUUCAGGACAGGCAGAAGCAGCAGAUGGCCAGAAGCCUUCCCAAGCAGAAGCCAGUUGCUGGAGUCAAGCAAGUCAUCGUCGUUGCGUCAGGGAAAGGCGGCGUGGGGAAGUCCACCACUGCAGUGAAUUUGGCUCUCGCAAUAAUGGCUAAUGAUGCGUCCAGGUCGGUCGGUCUGUUGGACGCAGACGUGUACGGUCCAUCCAUCCCCAAACUGAUGAACCUGACAGGAAACCCGCAGCUCACUGACAACAAUCUAAUGAUCCCCCUGACCAACUAUGGGGUCCCCUGCAUGUCCAUGGGCUUCCUGGUGGAGGACACGGCGCCGAUUGUGUGGAGGGGGCUGAUGGUGAUGUCAGCUAUAGAGCGGCUGCUCAGACAGGUGCACUGGGGUUCUCUGGACUACCUGGUGGUGGACAUGCCUCCUGGGACAGGUGAUGUCCAGCUGUCCAUCACCCAGAACAUUCCAGUCGCAGGGGCCAUCAUUGUGUCCACACCCCAAGACAUCGCUCUGCUGGACGCCCGCAGAGGAGCUGAGAUGUUCAAGAAAGUGAACGUGCCGGUUCUUGGUCUGGUGGAGAACAUGAGUGUCUUCCAGUGCCCGAACUGUAACCAUCAGACCCACAUCUUCGGCUCGGAGGGGGCCCGGCGCCUCGCUGAAACUCUGGGAGUCACCUUCCUGGGUGACAUUCCUCUUCACCUGAACAUCAGACAGACGUCGGACAUCGGCCAGCCGGUGGUGGUCUCUGCUCCCGACAGCUCCGAGGCGAAGGCAUAUCGGAAGGUGGCGUCUGCGGUUCUAAAGAGAUUGCAGGAAGUCAGCUGAUCGACUGAGAAAUUAUUAUACAUCAAAUGCUUGACAAAGUCUCCGUCUGUCCACGCUGACUCACUGAACCAUGGUCAAUGAAGCUCUAAUGUCCUUCUCCAAGGAAGGCGUUUUAACAGAAGUGAAAAACAGAAAUGACAGUUUUGCUUUAGCCAAUUGCUAUUUUAUUCAGUAAAAAAAAACAUUCAAUAAUUAAUUCAAUCUCUUCUAGAAAGAAGUAAACAAAGUAAAGACUAAAUCUUGUUGUCAUGACAGCAGCUCUGUUUUCCUGCUGACUUGUUGAUGUUCUGGAGCUCAGUGGACUCUUUCCUCUGGAGUUGGUUUUUGUGUUCAUGUUCAGUGGGCCCCCCCUCAUGGUUCUGAUGCUCCGCCAGAUCCUGUUUGUCAGUUUAUUACUUGUGAUUUCUUUUAUUUCAGGAUGUCUGGUUUGAUAUGGUUAGUUUUAAUGUAUUUAUUAAAGAGUUCUGUUUUCUACAACUCCUCCUUUGGUCUCCUGCUUUUAGGAGACUUUGUUUUUGUCUUGGCGCUGAGGAUGGAGCGUUCCUUAAUGGGAUUCCUGACCCGCAGAGAAUGAAGAACAUGAUUAAAGAAGGUGCUGUGUAGAUAAAAGACACUCACUCUCCUGCUUAUUUAGAGAAGGUUUGUUUGAAAAGCAAGAAAAUAGUUUUACAAACACUAAAAUAAAACUGGUGCUUUGGGUGUUUAAUAUGUUCUUGUGACAUUUUUCUGAUAAUUAAGGACAUAAAGAAAAUUGAGGUUAAAAUUGAA